AUGCAUGAUAAUGAUAUGGAAGUAGAGGCAUCACCAUCACCACCACCAGCUGUGCCUCCGAGCCCCUACAGCGCUCCACUGUUAGGAGAGGCCUCAGCUGGGGUACUGGUACCACCCUUGGAAAGGGCAGCCCAGAUGGUAGAGGAGGAGGGUUCUUCCCCCGUUACGGUUGGAGCUCCUUAUGGAGCCCUGGUCACUAACCUUGCCAACUUGCAGCAGCAGCAGCAGAGUCCCCCGGCCCCUCGGCCACCGCAACCGUCUGAGGCGCCUAUUAGUCCGACUCCUGCGGUCAGUCCUCCCUCGGUUGGUCUCGACGACGAGGAUGAGGAGCAGAAGUUGAUGUUAUCCUUACUAGGGGUGGAUCCGCAAAACGCGGUGGACCCAUCCCUAGUUGAGGAGAGCAAGGCACCUAUAUCCCUAGUGGGACCAUCCGAGACGGCGAACCCUCCAGCGGCAGACCACCACCACGAGAAGCCAGAUGUAGUUGAUGAGCAGCAGCAGGAGGAGGAGGAGAAGAAGGUCGAAGCGAAUGUAGUUGGUCCCGUGUGGAGGCCCAAGGUGCCCUUUGUGGAACAAAAGGUCGAGGCUGCUGAAGCCAAGACCGUUCCUG